UAAAAAGGAUGGUGGUGUUUCACAUAUCAGUAGAUGUUGCAAAGCAACCAGAACAGAAGGAACAAGUGCGCAGGACAAGCAGGAGAAAAAGUAACUGUUUCCACUACAAACCGUGAAGGAGAUUCAGGACUCCAGGACCCUAACCCAGCUCUUCUGCUAUUUGGAGUUGUGCAUUGAUAAGGAGCUGAUUUAUGAUUUAGUAUAUUUCAUAACAAAGAUCAUGUCUACAAAACUGUCUGGUUGACUGCUCUAAAAACAAAUUUACAGUUUUAGAGGCAAGAUGAUAGGUCACUGAAGUUGCUCAGUCACAAACAAAAAAUGCCUAAUCUCUCGCUGUUAAGCCGUGGUAUUGGGCAGGUGGUCAAAAAAACCCAGGAGAAACUGGAGGUGCAUUUUGAACCAGAGGAUUAUUUGAACUGGAAGGCUCGUGAAAGUUAUCGCCAUGUUAGCAAAUCACUGACUGACAGGAGUGUCAUGAAGGAAGGUUGGAGUCUGUAUCUUCCAAAAACCUAUAGCACGAGAACAGGUGCACUGGUGCUCUAUUCUGAAGAUCUGGCUGAACCCUCAUGGAAACAGAGAGGAGGGAGGAAGGGCCCACAAGGCCACAGGCACAGAAGAAAGAAACUACAUAUAGAAUUGCACACUCUCCAAGAUCUGACUAGAGCUAUCUUGGCAUAUGGAGGCAACCAGAAGGAUCGCAGAGGGACAGCUUGUCAGCCAUACCUCCAUUUCCUGAACAAACCGGAUAACCAGAUUGAGCGACAGAUUCGCCCAGGCUAUUCGGCCAAGAGGUACCUCUUCAAACUCUCUGAAACCUGGGAUCCUAGCAUAAUAUACAGGCUCCAGUGUGCAGGCUAUAUCAGGGACCCUUUGUUACUUCAGGAGAAUUUCCCAGAUUGCAGAAAGAGACGGCAGAACUUGUCAGCUAUACCUGAAGAAUAUCACCUGCUGCCUGUGUUUCCAUCUUUCUGGGCAGAACUGGACCAAAAUACCCAUCCAGAUAUAGUAGAAGGGCAGAAUUACCUGUUUCAAAAGGAGCCUGAGAAGGGAAGAAAGCUGGCAGAAGACUAUGAAGUGGAAAUACAUGGCAGGAGGAGAGCUCAAGCACCCAUUCAGGUUUCAGUAAGAAAGCUAGGUGUGAAACUGAGACGUCAGCCUGCAAAGGACACCACCUGGAGCCAGCAUGCAGCAUGCACAUGGGUCCCACAGAGCACAGGGGCAGAAGGUCAGCAAGAUAGCAUCUCCACAGUGGAGGGCCAGUGGCACAGGGAAAAGGCAAACCAUACAUGCCGCCAUGGGGACAGUAUAAAGAUAAACCACACUGCAGAUAACUCUUCUAGGAAAGCUGCUAUUGAUUCUUCUCAGCUUCUAAGUGAGAAAUCCCACAUGACUUUCUAUGGAGGCUAUUUCCCUAGAAGAAAGAAGUCCUACAAUGUAAAAGGAGGACAUCUGAAGAAUCAGGAUGGCCAAGAACAAGAAUCCCUUCUUCAAACUAGCAUUUUUCCUCCUCUCCCACAUGCCAUGGACUCAGGGCAAGAUACAGUCAGGGAAGAGCAUAAAAAGCUUGUGUCAGAGAUGCUGAAGUUACCUUCAAUUUCAGAAGGAACACCCAGAACCCAGAGGACCCAUGGAAAUCCUCCAGAAGAACUUUUAAUCCUUCCUUUGCUUGUUCAGUUGCAAAACCACUCCAAGAGCAAAACAAAGAAACAAAGAGGAGCUUCUUGUUAUGCACCCAAAUCAGAAGCUAGCUGCGAGACAUUGUUGGCCACUUCACUGAAUAACCUAAUUUCUGGGACAGAAGGUGCAACUGAGCAGGACCAGGUGAUCAUUGAAGGAAACGCAGAGGCACGUCAAGAUGAUGAUUCAGUUACCCAAAAUGCAGCCCCAACAUUAGGUCUGCUGUCCUGCAUACAUAGGAAGAAGAUUCCAGUGACCCAGAGCGGCAGAGAGAAUUUGAAAACUUCUGGCAGCAGCAUAUUCACAAACAGCACUUCUCAGGCUCUCCCCACGGGAACCAUUCACGGUGCUCUACCAGAAGAGCUGAGAGAGUGUCAUAAUGGCACUUCACUAGGCAGCCUCAUAAUGGGUCUGGAUGGAGAAAUCAUUUGUCUGUCUCUCUUGGAAUCUGUCCAAAAUGCUGAUGUUCCUAAUCAGUUGAACUUCAGUUCAGGUGAAGGGGACUGUGGAUUAUCCCUUGAAGCAGGAACCAAUCUUCACACAAAUCCCCAUGAAACCUCCUUGACUCAAGAGAGAAGUGAUAAGAAAACUGCACAAUCCUUGGAGGCAUCUAUCCUGAAGAACAGAGAGCCUCAGAGUUUUAUAAACAAAAAGCUGGUUCCUGAUGAUAUGCCACCAUUGAUGCAUCCUCAUAGUGACCAAACCCUUUAUGAGGCCAGCCAGUCACAGGAAGCAGCAACCCCCAAAAAAGGAGAUUCUGGAGCAUGUACAGAUAGAAGGCUGGAAAUUAGAGCAGAGCAAGAAGACAGACUUUCCAUACGAAAUGAUCAAGGACGCAGGACUUUGGUGCCUGAAUUCCAAGAGGAACAAAGACAAGAAAUUCUCCCUGGACAUCCCAGGGUAACACAGGAUAAACCUACUAGCUCACUGCUGUAUUCCAACAUCAUAACACAGACAUCUGGAGCAAAGCAACAGGAUGACGGUGACUUUGUGAAAGAAUUGCAAAGGGAACAACAUUUGAGAAGGGAGGAAACAGACCAGAACUCUUUGAGCUCAAGAUCCCACUCUGUUCUGAAAAUGGGAGAUCCAGCUAAGCAGAUGGAUAGAGAACUUGCAUCCAACAGUGCUUUACACUUGGGGUCAGAUUUUGCCUAUGCAGUGAACUUUGUUGAAGAGAUCACCUCUAAGAGGGGUAGAGCCUCUGAAUAUGGAAACCAAAUCGUGGGACCUCCCAGCCAUGGGCUGAUGCUAGAAGAGAAGGCUGGAGCAAGUGAGACUUAUUCUGCAAAGCAACUUCUGACAGAGAUAGAAGAGACAACCCUGCCAGAGGAGCCUGGUGAGCAAACCGCUGCCAGCUUCAGUGCUGAUACAGAAGUUUCACAGAACAAACUCAUGAAAACAGAGAGAAAUAAGUUCCUGAAGGUGAAUCCAGAAUCCGCUACAGGGAAAGAGAGUAGUAACAAAGAUAAACACUACAUCAGAGAAGAAUUUGUUGUGGGAAAACCAAAAGAGAAAAAAGCUGAUGAGAAAAGAAAAGUCUCUCUCAAGAAAAAGGCUACAAGAAUCAAAAGACCAGAAACCGCCCAAGAGUUGCAUCAGGAAGUGGGAGAGCAAACAGAUGACAGCAGUGCUGCUACUGCUGGAGACGACAGCAGCCUUUCUCCUUCCAACUCUUCUGUUAAAGACCAGGAACACCCUCCUGAUGGCCACCAGCUUGCUACUGAGGAUUGCAGCUAUCCUCCUGCCUUUGGUUCGGCUCCUGCUGACAAGAGAUUUACUCCAACCCCCCCUCUGAUCACCAAAGUGUGUGACACUGAAUCUAUGGAGGGCCAAAGCAGGGAGGUCUCCAAGAAUCUGCCUGGAAACCACCAUGAGAAAUCAUCACGGGAAAGAAUGCGAGCAGAGAAGGCAGAAAGAAGACGGCUACAGGUAGAGCGGAAAAGAAGGGAACAAGAGGAACAGAAACGGAAACAGCAAGAGCAGCAGGAGCGAAUGGAAAAAGUGAAGGAAGAACUGGAACAGGAACAACAGAGAAGAAUUGAGGAGAUGCGUUUACUGAAACAACAGCUAGAAGAAGAGCACCAGCGCCAGCAGGAGGCAGCAGCAAGGAAGUUACAAGAGGAGAAGGCAGCCCAGGAACGUGUUCGGCAGCAGCAAGAGGAAUAUCGCAGAAAACUCCUGGAACUACAGAAGAAAAAGCAGCAAGAGGAGAAAGAGCGGGCAGAGGCAGAAAAACAUAGACAGAAAGAAAGAGAAAUGUGGCUUGAAGAAGAACGCCAACGACUGGCAGAGAUGGCAGAAGAGGAACGCCUAGAGUAUGAAAGAAGAAAACGUGAGGAGGAAGAGCAGGCAAGGCGUGCUGCUGAGGAGAAGAGGAGGAAAGCAGAGGAAGAAGCUAAAUUAGCUUUGGAGGAGGCCAAGAAGCAAGCACAACUUCUAGCCAGGCAAAGAACAGCUCUGGAGAAGCACCUACAGUUCCAGCGGAAACUGGUAAUGGAAGCCACUGGACUAGAACAUACACAGGAUAUAUCACGGCCAUGGGUUUAUUCUUAUUUUCAGCUGCUCCAAAUACUAGGCUUGGAGACAGCAGAAGAAAACAAAUAAUACUUGGAUAUGUGGGGGAAGAAGAGUACUUGGAAGAGCCCACUGCAAUUCCUCAAAUCCAGUUAGAAAUUUUCUUUAGUUAAUGUAACCUAAGAAGUCCAAAACAGAACCUAGUGGAUCCCUGUUCCUUUACGUGGGAGAUGCUCUUUUCUCUCAUAAAGCCACUUUCCUACAAACAGAAAAAUAAACAAACAUUCAACCUUAAACAAGAUGUUUCAUCAGCCAGUAGAAAAUCUCUGGCAGUCCAAACUUGCCAUACAAUUAUGUGAGGCCCAUAUGUGGGCCUCUUUUACCCUGUGCUAUUUCUUCUUUCCCACGUUCAGUAGAAGGAAGGUGUGGAAACUUUCCACAUAGGAAUUGUGGAAGCACAAGAACCUCAGGAUUUACUUUCUGAAGGAUCCCCAGCCUGCAGAUUUACCUGUGCUGUUACUGAUUUAAAAGUUUAAAUGUUUAUCCCCACCAGCACCAUGCAAUGCUUAAGAAGCCAGCAAAGACUCCAAAUAAAGAUUGGAAAGGUGGCAAGGGAGACAAGUUCUUGCUCUCACAAUCACAUUUGUCACAUCUUCUUCUGUACUAUUUUUCUUGCUACAUGCUGUCAGAAAAUAUUACAUUAAAUGCAAACCAAAUUGCACAAUUUCAACAAAUUUAGAAAAAACCUACAUAUAUAAUCAUUAAGUCUUUUAUGCUGUUAUUGAACUAGAGACAGACUUCAUUUUAAUUCAAAUUAAAUAUGCACUAAUUAGUGGUGCUAGAAGCAAAAUAAAUGGAUUUAUAGGA